GGUGAACUCGGCCAGUCGUCCUGCAAGUGCAAGUUCGGGGAGAGAAAACGCACCUUCAGCGGCAUUCAAACAAAUAGGUGGUGAAGCUAUGGCUGCGCCCAUUGCCGUCGCAAUCUAGUCGGCCGAAUUCUUCCAUGGCCAUACCUCAGUUUCAUCUUCACUAUCAGACGUAUCACCGUCGUGAUUACGGUAAACCUCUAUGGGUCUUUCGAAAUAAGACGCCAUCAAGUUUCGUAAUCAACACCGAACUUCAAUUUCGGAAGUCAAUCAAGCCCACGAGCAUCAUAUGUAGAUGUUUUUGCAAUUCGAAUUCGGCGUCGAAUAGAGCAAAGCGUGGGCGAGAAGAAGCGGAGAAUUCAGAGUUUGAGUUGUUAGAUAAUCGUGGAAAAGGGGUUGUUUCUAUACGGUCAAUCUUGCCGGGUGGAAGUUGGUGGAGCUUGAGUGCUUUGACUGAGGAAGGAGAAAAGACGAAAGCAGCGAAGCCAGUAACCGUUUUUCUUGCUCUUCGUCGCAUAUGGGUGUUGGUUUCAGACGAUGGAUGGGUUAUUUGCGUCGCAUUCGCUUCGCUUGUUAUUGCUGCGCUUUCAGAGAUCUCAAUACCCAAUAUAGUGGCAGCAUCUGUCUUUUCUGCACAGAGUGGGAAGACUGCAGUGUUCUAUAGAAACUCACAGCUCUUGCUUCUUCUGUGUGUUGCUACAGGCAUAUGCAGUGGAAUAAGAAGUGGCUUCUUCGCAAUGACAAAUAUGAUCCUGCUCAAGCGUCUGAGGGGAACUCUGUUGGCAGCUCUUAUUUUCCAGGAUGUAUCAUUUUUUGAUACAGAAACAGUUGGUAAUUUGACUAAUAGGCUUGGAGCAGAUUGUCAAAGAUUGUCUCAUAUUAUUGGAAAUGAUAUACAUUUGAUAGCGCGUAAUGUUCUUCAGGGCACGGGUGCAUUGAUCAAUUUGCUGACUUUAUCUUGGCCUCUAGCAUUGUCAUCCUUGGUCCUAUGCUCAGUUCUAUCCAUGAUCUUUCUAGUUUAUGGCCAGUACCGAAAGAAAGCAGCUAAACUUAUCCAAGAUUGCAGUGCCAGUGCAAACGAAGUUGCUCAAGAGACUUUUUCAUUGGUGAGGACUGUUAGAGCUUAUGGAACAGAAGCAGAAGAAUGCAGAAGGUACGAGCGAUGGCUGGAAAAAUUAAAUUUUAUAAAUGUUAGGGAAAGUAUUGCUUAUGGAUUUUGGACUCUGAGUUUCAGUACCUUGUACCGCUCAACACAGGUCAUUGCUGUCUUAUUAGGAGGAAUGUCUAUUCUGACUGGUCAUGUAUCAGCUGAGGAAAUUAUGAAGUAUGUAUUAUACUGUGAAUGGUUGAUUUAUGCAGCUUGUAGAGUGGAAAACAGUUUAAUAUCACUGUUUCAGUCUGUUGGAGCAAGUGAAAAGGUAUUCCAGUUAAUGGCUCUCACACAGAGUGACCAAUUCUUAUCAGAAGGAAAGAAAUUGCAGAGGCUGUUGGGAAAAAUUGAGUUUGCAAAUGUGUCCUUUUGCUAUCCUUCAAGGUUAAUGGUACCUGUUCUUGAGCAUGUUAACAUUUCUGUGGAGGCUAAUGAAAUGGUGGCGAUUGUUGGUCUCAGUGGUAGUGGGAAAAGCACACUAGUGAAUCUUUUGCUUCGUCUAUAUGAGCCAACUAAUGGCCAGAUACUUGUUGAUGGUUUUCCUCUUACAGAGCUGGACGUCAGGUGGCUGAGGUACAGAAUUGGAUUUGUUGGACAGGAACCUCAUCUUCUCCGUACGGAUGUUAAAUCAAACAUCUGUUAUGGUUGCCCAAGGGACAUUAAGCUGGAAGACGUAGAAUGGGCUGCAAAGCUAGCCCAUGCACAUGAAUUUAUCUCAUCCCUUCCGAAUGGUUAUGAGACCAUUGUUCAUGAUGGCUUGCUCAGUGGGGGUCAAAAGCAACGGAUUGCUAUUGCUAGGGCUGUUGUCAGAGACCCUGCUAUUCUCAUCCUUGAUGAAGCCACCAGUGCUCUGGAUGCAGAAAAUGAAUAUUACAUUACUAGGGUUCUUCAUGCUUUCAGAAAUGACGCUAGAAUGAAAAGAACUGUCAUCAUCAUAGCACACAGGCUGUCUACCAUAAAGGCUGCUGACAGAAUCGUGGUAAUGGAUAAUGGUCGAGUUAUUGAGACGGGCAAUCACAGGGACCUUCUUGCAAAGGACGGAUUCUAUGCCCGUCUGGUAAGAAUGAAGACAGAUUCAUUGGCACGCUCAAGUCAGGCGGAUGAUUUCAACGUCUAGGAAGCUAAUUUUUCAUCCGUCAACGGAUGCAAACGUGAAGAAGAAACCCAAGGAUGGAAUUCAUAGAAACAGAACGCAUCAGAGCUUCUCCACGGCUUCGCUGGAGAAGUCAGCUGUUAUAUAUUAUUAUCUAAUAAUAAUAACAAUGGUAAUUUUAUGAUAUAUAUAUAUAUAUAAUUAUUAUGUUGUUUGUGUUGGAUAAUAUAACAAUUAUCCAACACUGACAAUUUGAGAGAGGGGUGGUGGAGGUCACACACCACUUCCGCUAGCAUCAGACAACAUAUUAGCCCUUUAUAUAUAUAUAUAUUAUAAUUUAUUUUAUUAAAAAAAUUAGUAGUUAUGGAACAAAAAGACAUAUUAAAGAGUUGUGUUGUUUUUGAAAUGUUUCAAUUUAUCAUUCUAGGAGAUAUGAUUAAUCACAGGGUUGUGUU